AUGCCAGACUGGACGAGCACGGUCGAGAUCAAGCGCGACCAUUCUGUCGCCGUCGCGUUCUUAUGGAUGUCAAUCGGGAUUGCGCUGUACGACCAUGUGCGCUUUGCCUCGUUCGACUGGUCCAUCCUUGCCGGACAGCGCGACCGCCGCUGGCCCCAGCUCUUCUACUUUGGCGCCAAGCUGUCGUGGUGGGGCUACAUUGCUGUCUCAGUCGCCAUCUCCUACACCACGACCGAGAUCAACUGCCAGGGCAUGAUGGACGCCGUCGAGAUAUUCAUGGGCCUCAUCACGACCAUGUGCAGCGCCCUGCUCGCCUGCCGCACCGUGUGCUUCUGGCACGGCAAGGCACGCACCAUCAUCUCUGUCCUGCUCGUCAUUCUCACCACCUGCCUAGCCGCCGCGUGGAUGGUCGGUGUCCCAGACGUUACCGCCGUCUGGGUCCCCGGCGGCAGCGACGACCCCUGGACGUCGGGCGCGUGCGCGGUCACCGAUGUGCCAAUGCAGUACUCUGCCAAAUACAUCGUCACAAUUUUCUUUGAUUUCAUCGUCUUCGCCCUCACCCUCGUCGGUGUUGUGCGUAUGAAAUCGACCUCGCGCAUCGGCGAGCUGCUCGUCCAGCAGGGCGCGCUUUACUUUAUCGCCACCUUCCUCGUCAAUGCCGUCAUCACCAGCCUCUGCCUCGCGCGCCUCAACCCCAUGAUGUCGCUUAUUGCCGCCGUGCCCUCGAGCUGCGUCUCGCUCCUCGCCGCCACCCAUCUCUAUGUCGAUCUCGCAGAGCAGGCGCUCCCG